UAAAAAAUAGUUACAAGAUGGCGACCAACAGCCUCCUGAACACUGGAAAACAAUAGAGACUCGCAGCGGGGCAGAACUGAUUUCUUUUUCGUCUGCCUUUUCUUCUUCACGUCGAGUCAAACCCGGGGACAGUAGCUGGCUGUGUGUACUUUACGACUUCUGAAGCAGAUUGGGGAGAGAAAGAGAGUUUAUAAUGCUUUGUUUGAGGGCUAGUUAGCAAGCAGGCUAAGCUACAUCCGUAGCUGUAAUGUAACAGUGAGGAUCAGCUGUUAGCCGCACUGCUACUUUAAAAGUUACUUUUACUAAUAAAACUCGCUCGUAACUCUCAGAGUUAGUGUUUUUGGGCUGAAUAGUUGUAAUGUAUGAGGAUUUAUCCAUCUCUUUCUAAACUUUCGUCGAUAAGUUUUAUUUCAAGCACGUCUUUGGUCAACUUCAACUGUGAGGUAAAAAAAAAUAUUUUUAAUCUGUUGCAAAAAUUUCGUUAAAGUAAGAGAAAAGUCGAUUUAACGACGUGUCGUGUUGCGUUUAUAAACGAGAGAUAACGUUAAAUAUUCACGUUUUAUACGUUUUCAAAAAGAGAUAACUUAAGUAACGUUAUAAGUUUCGACUCCUCUUAAACUUUUCUCUAAAUUAUGUAACGUUACAAGUUUAAACAAAUGUAACUUUUUAAGAUGCAAACGCUAUUGCUGUUAGGGGACGCUUUCAUUCAUAAAGUCGUAGUUUUUAACUUCAUUCUGUCCAGUGUCAGGAUUACAGUUAUAUAAGGAAGAGUGUUCACUGAUUUGUGUCGUCUAGUUAAAAGGAAGUUUAGAGUUUCUGCGUUUGGACUCUUCUGGAUAUAAGCGCACAAAUCUGAACUAUGUGCCGUUUCUUUUGUUGUCCAAGGAGGCAGAUAGUGAUAAAGAUGGAGGCAGUUGAGUGUGUUUUGUAAAGGCACACACACACACCGCUCUGAAACAGCACGAUCUGUCCUGAGAGUUGUGCUGGACUCCGGAGACUCGAGUGAGUUUAUAAACGCGGUUCUUCUGGAUGAUGGCGGAUUUCGUGGUGCCGCGGCACAGCGCGGUGAUGGAGCGGCUGCGGCGGCGCAUCGAGCUCUUCCGGCGGCAUCACAACGGCUGUGAGAAGCGCUAUGACAGCACUGCCGUGGAGCGGCUGGAGAUGGAGAGACAGCAGACGUACGCGCUGCAUCCGCGCUGCCUGCAGACCAAGCUCAAGCGCCCGAACAACAAGAACCGGCAGCCGGCGGCGGCGAGCGCGGACCCCGCGGGGCAGAGAGGCACGGGCGGCGGCGGGGGAACCGGCACGGACCCGGCGAGCGGAACAACCGGGGAGCAGAGCAGAAACAGCACGCUGAUCGCGUUACAGGAGACUGUCAAGAGAAAGUUGGAUAAUGCAGGUUCACCCCACGGCCGUGACCAGGUCAAUGGUUUCACCGAUGGCUACCCGCCAAAUAAAAAAGCCUGUGUUAAGGAUUCAUUGGGGGGUCUUAAUGGGGUCUCGAAUGGCACGGUGCCUCCUCUCUCACCUUUGGACUCCAAACAUAACGUGAGUACCGAAGCCAUGAUGGCCAAUGGGAACCACAGAGCGGUCGGUGCAGAGCACAACGGGUCCGGUUUAACUGAUAGCAGUGCAUCAUGUGGCUCAGAGUCUGAUUUCCGCCUGAAAGAAAUGAAGAAGGAGCCGGUGGACGAUAUGUUGCCCUGCAUACUUCCUGGUGGAGGUAUGAAUGGAAACAACAGCCUCUUCCCUGACCUCAACCUCAACGAUCAGGACUGGAGUGAGAUCAUGGAGGAGUUCAACCGCUACGUACCCUACGAGGACUUCCAGGAGCUCCUCAGUGACAGUUUUGGAGAUCGUAAGGACCCCGAGCUCCCAUCCGCCAGUGCAGGUCAGAGCUUGAUGCAGCCAGAUCUGGCUAGCGUGAAGACUGAAUUUUCCCCCGCUACGGCUUUCGAUCGAGACUCUUGCAAUGGUUCACCUCAGGUGAGACCCACCUCAUCUGGACCCCCUGUUCACACCAACUCCCCUGCAACGGCUUCGGCCACAUCGCCGGCCCUUCCAGUGCAGCAGCAGUCCACCAGGCAACUCCCAAACCACCUGCUACCCGCCCCACCCAAAGACCUGUCCCCCGCGCAGCAACUGCAGCAGUUAGCGGCACGCGAGCAGCAGAGGGCGAUAUUGCAGCAGCAUGUGGUUCAGAAACCACCUCAACAACAAAAACCACAGCAACAGCAAGCAGCGAAAUUCCACCAGCAGCCCAUCCACUCAACAUCUUGGCCCCAAAAUGCUCCCACACAAAGUCAAAUGGGUGGAACCUUUGGCAUUGAGAAGUCCACCAGUCCUUCUUCGUACCCGCAAGACUUCCCUAACCCCAAGACCCUGCUCAUGCCUAACAAGGGUUCUCCCAAAGCAGGCGCUCCAGCCGGCUACAUGCAGUCCAGUGGACAGGCCAACAUGUUGAAUCACCCAGCCGCACCCACGGGGCACCUCAGCCACCCAUCCAACCCAGGAGCCCAGGCUGCCAUGCUGGACUACAAUAACACUAAACCCCUGUCCCAUUACGAGGCUGGAGCGCCUGGUGCCCCCAGGGGCCCUCCGGCCACACAGAACCAGAACAAACAGAACCAGGCCAUCCUGAACCUGAUGCUACAACAGCAGAUGGCGAAGCAGAGGCCGGCCAGCAUGAACUUCAGACCAGCGCAACACCAGCAUGCUCCGGAUUCAGGGUCGUACCCCUCCAGCGCUCAUGUACCCGUCCCGGGGAACACGAUGACCCCACAGCAGAGCAGCAGCAGCAUCCCGGGGAACCACAGUAACACGGCCUACAUGAAGCAGCAGCAGCAGAUGCAGCUCAUCCAGAGACAGAUGAUGCUCCAGCAGGAGAAGCAGCGGCAGCAGGAACAGCAGCUGCAGAGACAUCUGACCCGUCCACCGCCUCAGUACCAGGACCAGCAGAACCCGCAGAACCCAUUCCAGCAGCAGCAGGGGUCUCAGUUCCCCGGGGUGCUUCCCCGCCUGGCCCAGCAGCACUCCUCCGGCUUCAGCGAGCACAACAUCAACGGUGCAUCUCAACCAGUAGGAAACGUCAACUCUUUGAGUGGCCCCACCCCUGGAACGCAACGGAUGUUCUCUCAGACACAAGGCAUGAUGGGAAUGGGAGUUGGCCAGAAUACUGGACCAACCACUGGUAACCCUCCAGCCGCCGGUCAAGCAGACAUGAACCUCUCAUCCUGUGCAGGCGGUCUCGACGUGCAACAGGUCCUCUACGGCAACAUGCCCAUGCAUCCCUCCCACCCCAACCAGCAGAGACCGCCGGUGUCUUCAAUGUCUGCCGCUUACCGCCAGAAUCUUCUAGCAGCCCAGCAACAAGCACACUUGAAAAACCAGCCCAAUGCUGCUAUGCUGAAACAACAACAACAGCAGCAGCAGCUGGCCCGUAUGCCCAACACCAUGGCUAAUAACAUGGGCUCUGCUAUGCCCGGCUCCAUGCCAAACAAUAUCCAGGGUGCCUUGCCCUCACAGGCCCAAUCAUGGCAGCAGCAGCCCCAACAGCAUCCAGGUCUCCAGCCCGGCUCUGCUAACGGAGGCUUGCCAGCAGGUUUCCCAAACUCUGGCUUCCAGAUGCAGUCGAGAUUGUCCAAACUUCCCAACAACACCCCGUUUCCCCAGGGUGGCAUGGGACACAGUGCAGCUGGUAGGACCCUGGCAGGAAUGAAUCCUGGACAAAUGAUGCCUAACAUGAACCAGCAACGGACCAAUAACCCAGGCAUGUCCCAACAGCUGCCCGCUCCUGGCCAGCAGACGGUCCAACAGGGGCAGCAGCAAGCGCCGCCUCAAACUCAGCAGGUUCUGCCUGACUUGGGGUCCUACAGUCAGCCACAGGCCGGACCCAACCGCACUGCAGGACUUCAGUGCAGUCAGGCCUAUCAGCUGAACAGGACAGCCAAUCAGCAGCUCCAGUUUAGCUACAGCACCCAAUCAGGAAGCAGCUUGUCCGGGUUUUCCACUGAGACCGACCUGGUGGACUCUCUGUUAAAAAAUCAGACAACACAAGAGUGGAUGGAUGAUCUAGAUGAGCUGUUGGCCAGUCACCAAUGAGCGAUGGCCACAGGCCAAUAACAGCCAAUACCAGUGCCUUUGGUAGAGGAGAAAAAAACAUGUACAUCCACAUCAUGUUUUCAGAGAUGGUGAAACCACUCAUAUCACAGUCAGAUCUGCUGUGUUCUCUAUUGAGUAUAUAUAUUGUGUAUAUAAUAGAGGUCAAGUAGAGCACAGAACCUGUCACUGAAGUAUUCUCUGGACUGGAAAUGUCGAAGAGGGAAAUGCUCUACUACUGAACCUGUGGCUCAGUAAAACCACUGAAUUUUCUUAUGACAAGUGUGUGCUGAAACGUGUGUUCAGCCAUCAUACGGUUGUUUUGUGUGUUUGCUGUAGGCACAAGGAGGCUCUGUUCAAUGUCAGGAGUGUCUGGACAUUUCACAAGCCUUACAUUUGCACUCUUAAAGAUGCACAACGUGUGAUUUACAGUAAAACGGUCUAAAUAAGUUAACCCAAAAAUGAACAUAUUUGAAUCAUUAACUAACCAUGUUGGUCCAAAUCCAGAUUACUUUUCUUUAUGAUGCUCCCAGAAAGGUUUAGCCCCAACCCAAAUAAAACACACCUCAAACCAGUUCUACAGGAUCACUAGAAAACAGAUCCUUUUAUAGGGAGAUGCUGACUUGUAUGCUCUGCUGUUGGAGAUUGAACGUUGGUGUAACGGUCAACGUGGAUCACAUGUGCCUUGAUAACCAAUCACAUUAUAUGCUUGACGUCACUGAAUUGCUGUCAGAUCUGAAUGAGAGUCAGUCACUGAUUGUGGAAUACCUUAGAAAUGAAUUAAAUCUACAGCAAUAGCACUUCUGAUGCAAAAGUGUCCAAAUUCUCUUCUAAAGUCAUUUCCAAUGUAAACUCCAAAAAUAUUAUAAAAAAAUUCCUAAGUUAUUGUUUCAUGGCAAAAAAAAAUAUUCAUGUAGUAACAAACUGCUCAUCACAAAAGCAAUGUAUUCAGAGUCCUGAAGCCUCUUCUCCAUCCAGACAAAAUGUUUAUUACCAUUCUUCAUUUUUAUCUUCCACUAACGAUGGUCAUGCGAGUUUGGCACGCCUUGAGGGAAUAAAGUGACAGUUCACCUAAACUGAAGUUCCAUAUGCUUAAUGUCCAUUGGUUAGUUUCUCAUUGACUAAAUUUAGGAAGUAGAUGCUUUGUGUUUUGUUUAAUCAGGCCGUGACUAAUAGUGAAGAGGAUGCACUGAUGAAAGUAGAUCACAUCAUGUUACACUACACUAAGUUGUGUUUGGUUUCAAAUUAUUAUUAUUCUUUUUUUCUGAAAAAGAGAGAGGGGUUAAUAUUCCUGUUUGUUUUCUCCCUCUGGUGUCUGAUGUUAUUUUGAAGGCAGGUCAUUACCUGAACUCUCUCUUCAUCCGAGAUUCUGUGACAGGAUGUCAUGUAUAUUUAUAUUUUAUUUUGUAUGUAUGCAGUUCUUCUUGAGGAGAAGAUAGAUCUUAUUUUUAUAUGUACAUUGUUGCAAAAAUUUUGUAAGUAUUUUAUACUUUGUAUUAUUGUUCUCUGUAAAACAAGAGUAUUUGUGUAAAUAUAGUUCUCUAGAAACUGU